AUGUUGGAAGGAGCCGUUGCGAGGAUACUAAACCAGUUGCUGGGAAAAUAUGUCGUUGACCUUGACACGGAAAAUUUAAAUGUCGGAAUAUUCUCUGGUCACGUGCAAUUGACAGAUUUGAAAUUGAAGCCGGAAGCUCUGUAUGAAUUGAAAUUGCCGAUUGAAAUAAAAGCGGGCACUAUAGGAAAAGUCCGCUUGCAAAUACCAUGGACCUCCCUCUGGAGCCAGCCCAUCGUGGUUAACAUAGAAGAUCUGCACAUCGUCGUCGGCCCUAUAGUCACCAACGAUCCGUUCGACGCAGAGAAAAACAAACGACUCACUAGAGCCGCGAAGAAAAAGACGCUUGCCGAUUUAGACACCGACAGUCAGAUCUUGGGGGGGCCGUCGACUUUUUCCGAGCACUUGGUCUCGAACAUCCUGAAUUACCUGCAAGUAAAUAUUGUCAACGUCCAUGUUAGAUACGAAGAUGUGGACAGCUGGAAGACGCCACUGGCGGCGGGAUUGUGCAUUGGUAGCAUUACAGCGGAAACUACCAACAGUAAAUGGAAACCUACGAGGUACGACAGCCAUUCCGACAUCUGCCAUUAUCUCCUGAAAAUUGAAGCGUUCUCCAUUUACUGGAAUUCUAACGCAACGGUUAAAAAAUGGGAUUUACCAGCGCAGUACUACCAGUGGAGGAACGCGAUGACGUCAAGUCUCCAGAAUUACUCCCUCAAUGGAGAAGAAUUCGAUUUUGUAUUGAAUCCAAUGACGUCAAAAAUCAAAAUGGUAAUUAACAAAUCCGCAACUGGACAAACUACUAAACUAAACACAGACAUCGUGGUACAAGACUGCAACGUUCAAAUUUCGAAGGAACAGUACGACUCCAUACUAGCCGUUGCUAACUGCAUGGAGCGGAUGUUGAUUAGUUGGCAGUUCCUAGAAAUAAGGCCUAAAGAGAAGAUUAUGGAGAACCAGAAGAUUUGGUGGAGGUACGCUUCGUACGCUCUCCUGGAACAAAGGGUUAAACCUUACACAUGGAGUAGAAUAAGGAGAGUCAGGCAGCACUACAAAGACUACAUGGAAACAUACAAGCAAAUCAUCUUAAAUCCUAAUGACACCGAGCUGAAGCUUGAUCUGCAGAAGUAUGAGGACAAUUUGUCUAUUAUCAAUGUUGUUAUCGCUAGGCAACAGGCCAGGCUAAUGGUGCAAGCACGAAGUAUCACCGAAAAGAGUUUUUGGUCAAUGUUACCUUCUCCUGAGCGAGUUCUGUUGUGCGAAAAGAUUGGAUACUUCGAGACUGAGCAGGAUAAUCUAAAGGCAGCAAUAGAGCACAAUUACAGUUUCCGUCUUGGAAACCUGAGCGUAACCCUUACGAAUGGUACCAGAGAAAUAAUAGUCUUAACUUUAACCCAAACGAUUUGCUCAGUGAAACCAAAUUAUCAAGAGAAUAUCUUCAAGUCCUCUCUGAAAAUAGAAGGGAUAUGCAUCGAGGGGGCAAGUAACGAGGAACACUUGAUACCCUUAAUUUCGUCUGAGCAUUUAAGCGAUAGCCCCGCAUACUUUUUUAAAGCCGAGAUGGAGAAAAUGCCAAAAAAUUGCAACUGUGCUUACAAAUUGAAUAUGGCUAUGGACUCGGUUGAGUGCAUAUAUAACAAACCAUCUAUAGAAGAACUGGAGACUUUUCUUACAACUGAAGAUAAUCCUACAGAAAAUUUGCUGAAUUACUUGAAAGACGUGCCUCUAAAAAUAUGUACAUUACUGAAAAAGAAAUUAACAGAGAAAUGGGACAUUAAUUUGAAUAUAAAAGUCCCGUACUUUGUUAUUCCAGAAGUGAGCUCAUAUUUAAAGGCAGAAUAUUUGUUGGUUGUCGACUUAGGCCGGUACUCCUUAAGCACCGAGCUCUGCCAGCAAACCUACAUAGCAGAGAACGCUACCCAAAUGGAACUGGAAGAACAACUCUACUCCAAACUGUUCGUAAACUGUACUGACGUACAAAUCUUAUUCUGUGAUACUAGCGAUAACUGGAAGGAUGCCAGGAAGGAGAAAGACACUGAAAUGCACAUUAUACCUAAAACUUCGUUUUCCUCGACUUAUGCCCUUUCUGUUGCCAAUCUGAAGACAAUACCAAGGUACAAAUUUAAUAUAAACUUUCAUACCCUAAAGCUAAAUAUAUCAGAGAGAAAAAUCGGACUGUUGUUGAAGUUUUUCAAUAUCGACCAAAUACGGAUAAACAUAAUUCACGGCGAUAUGAAUCCAAAGUUGUACUUAAGAGAUAGAAUAAAGGGACGGAUGACUUCUAAGUUCCUGCGCAAAGUGCAGGACCGCAUUACUAUCGCCGACAGCUACUCCAAGUACAAACGGUACAAAUUGGAGAAUGGAAAGAUACGCAGGAUGACGAAAGACGUGAGGAGAAAUCACAAUGAAGAUAUGAACGAAGCUUGGGCUAGAUGCGUGGACCUACCUGGCCUGGAAGACAAUAUAUCGCCUAAUAAUAACAUUAAUAUUUUAUUCGGAUUCGUCAUUAAUGAGUUCUCCGUUGUGUUCUCGCGUUCAAGUGACAGCGCAGACAGACAAUAUUUAAUGAUACGCCUUGGUAUAUUCACGAUGGACAUAGCCCUUAUGACCUAUGGCCCCGCCUAUCAAGUGUCCAUCAACAGCGUUCUACUUACCGAUAAACUACAUACGACACCUAGUGGUCAAUACUUAGACCUUGUCUUUAGUCCAUUACCUAACAAUCAAGACGUUAUCACAGUGCUGUAUAGAAAAGUGAGCGCAAGCUGUCCUGACUUCUGGACACACUUUCAUGGGGUCGAAACCUCGUUGGUGGCUAAUUUUGGAACAAUAUAUGUACUCCUCCAUCAAGAGGCCAUACACACGAUACUUAAAUAUUCGAAAUACCUGAGUAAUAAGAUUAGGAGUCAAAUAUCCCCAUUUCUGAAGACCCACUUAUUAAACAUUCUAAAUAAAGUAACAGAUAUCCUCCACAAGAAAAGUGAUACUCCCGUACCACCCGGCUCUGUGAAAUUUUCACACUCCGCAAGACUGGCCGAUAUAAACGUGACAGUUUGUGAUUCCGACUUUGAUAUAGUGAACAUACAACUAUCCGGACUGGAAAUGGACUUUUUGUUCAGGGCCAAUGAAAGAUUUGUUUUUAGGACCUUUCUUAGUAAUAUAAACGUAGAUCAUUUGUCUGAUGUUACAUUGUAUAAUAAGGUGUUGUACACAGACGAAGAUAAGGUGUUUGACAUUAAAUAUGUACGGAACGCCACACAUCUUAGCUACAACAAUGACAUAUCGCCGAACAUGGACGAAAUGUUCGUCGACGGCAGUUUUAAGUUUCAUCUAGGAAGAAUUCACUGCACGUUUUUGUACAAAUUAGUAGUACAGCUUCAGCGUUUUAUAGUCAAUUUAGACGCUUUGCCAAUAUUAGAGAAAAUGAUAUCGAAGCUUCAUCACAAGUUAUCAUCAGCAACUGAAACGCUAAAGAAUAACACGAAAAUAACUUUGGCCAUAAACGUGUCUGGGCCGGUCUUCUUGGUACCCCAAAAAUCAUCUUCCCCAAAUGUAAUGGUGAUAGAUACAGGGGAACUUCGUGUGGAAAACUUCUUUAAAGACUACACCACCGAGAUAACAGAGAAUAUUUUAGUGAAACUGAAUGGGGUGACGGUCACAAGAGGCGUGAUAACGCUGACGACAACUUUAGAAAUGCAGGAAACUCUGAUUGAACCGAUCAGCCUAAACAUGGACAUCAAAAGGUACACUAAUGCAAAAACUUCACAAAACUCCUGGGACAUCGACAGCAUUAUAGACAGCAUCCAAAUUACUUUGGGGCAAAGAGACUUAGCAACGAUUAUGUCAAUAUAUACCGACAACAUAGGCGAGGGAAAAAUCUUAGACCUAUUCCCGAAUCAAAUAAAAUCGCCUACCGAUCUAAUAGAAGCUGACGAGACUGUCAGGACUCUAGAAGCGUUUUUCUGUGAGCCAAAGCAGAAGAAUGUCGUCGCCAAGUGCACGAUAGAGGAGGUGCAGCUCAUGCUGUUCUUCGAUUCUCUAGAACUUUUAAGUUCGCCCAUUAGAGAUUUAAAUCACGGCUUGUGCAAACUCGAAAUAUUGGAAAUAGACACUUCGUUUGUUGUUUACAAUGAUUUUAGCUUGGAUGGGAAAUUGUCAAUCGAUACGAUAUCCAUAGAAGAAAUUGGACCAGACGCCAACGCUUUUGACAAAAUCAUUCUACAAUCUCCUGUCGACGACAACAAAAACAACAACUGCAACAUAACGGUGAACAAACCCCCAAUAGUGGACGUUACAUUCCACCAAAAUAAGACUGGAGACAAAUCGGCAGACGUAAUAAUAGGUAGACUAAGCCUAAGCUUAUCGAUUCCCUUCUGCGAGAAACUAGCUUUAUUCGUAAUAGAGUGCCUUCCUAAAGAAAAUUUGGAGGUGGGGAUAAUCAAUCCAGGUUACGAAGCUGAGGUGUGCCACAAUCUGUCACAAAAAUUAUUCUCUGCAAGCAUCACAUUGUCCGUGCGUAUCAACAGGCCUGAGUUAAUGUUUUUGGUGGAAACAACUUCGAACAAAAAAAGAUAUUUCAUCACCAAAAGUGAAAUUCUCAUAGAUUAUUCCAUGCAUGCGAACAGACUUAACUUGGUGAUGUCGCUCUCUGGUCUACAUAGCCUCUUCUACGACCUUGGCGAGUACUCGGAACAACCAUAUAUUAUACUGAAACAGUGCGACGUUGAGCUUUGCAAGAGUGCUUCGGAGGAAUCCGGAGAAAAAAUAACCAUGGCCAUAUCAUCGAUUUACAUAAAACUAUGCAGCGAGGUGGUGCAUUCCAUCAACGACAUCCUCAAUGACAUAGUGGAGCAUUUUAAAGUACCCGAAGCAGACAAUUUGAAAAAGGAAAAACGAAAGAAUUCAAAAUCUUCAGAUGUCGAAGACCUCUGGGAACCGAAAAAGCUGAACGAAUACAUAGAAAUAUGCGACAGCAUGGAAGACGCUAAAACAGAUAACACGAUCGCAAUUCACGAGAUACUACUGAUUCCUAAAUUUGACGUCGUGGUGAUUUUUGAAUUAGAACAAACACAGGUGCUGCUAAUAAAGUCAACCAUCGAACUGACGUUGUACGACUGGUCUUCGCUGCUUAAUUGCACCUGCGAACUUACCUUCCAAGCGAAUUACUUCAACGAAAAUGUCCAGAGUUGGGAACCUCUCAUUGAGCCCAUAGUGAUUGAUGAAAAAGAAUACAAGCCGUGGGAAGUUAUAAUCAAGAUAUUCCAAGAUAAAUCGCUACCGAUGUUGGACACAGCCGAACAUAAGACUAAAGUUGAGGCCAAUAAGAGAAAGAAAGCCAGCAGGUCUGUCACCACGACGGAGGAUGAGGAUUCCGGGGAGGAUAUGAUGUAUUUGGAGCCGAUAAAUUCCAUGAACAACGGAAAUAACAGGAGAGUGAAGACUAGUCUUUCCACGUUCUUGGAUGAUUCGGAUUCGGAAAACGAGGAUGGGACAAUGGAAAAACUAGCAGCUGCUAUAUCGGAUUUAUUUACAGGGGACUGGAACGAAAACGAAGACAGCGACUGCGAACAUUCCAGCGAUGGCGACGAUGAACUCGAAGAUAGCGAGAAAGCCAAAGAAGAACACGAUAUGAUAUUCAACAAGUCGUUUUACAUUUUGUUCGACGCGAAGGAGACGUUUAACAUCACGAUAACCCCGAACGUCUUGAAAGUGAUGAACGAGUUACUGACGCAGUACUCAAACAAGAUAAUUUCUGUUCGUAGUAACAAGAAGUUGAUCAGCCUCACUAACGACAUCGGACCUCUGACCAGGGUGGAGCUCUACGAGAAGCAGAAUGGGAGCCCAGAGGAUAACAGGCUCAUAUGCAUAAAGAAAUACGAAAACGAGGACUCUGCUCCUAACAGCCCAAGCAAGGGGCUCUAUUUCGUGCCUGAUUAUCUAGACAGCUAUGACGACAGAGACAGCUGUACCGAUGAAGGAAAAGACGAUUUCGAAGUCACAUACGAUUUCGAAACGUUGUCAAGCCUACAGUUUCCAGCAGAAACAACUUCACAACUCUACGAGAAAAUAAACAAGAACUUCAUGAAGAUAUUCGUCCCGAAUUUUCUCCCCAUCCAAACAAAUUGUUCCAAAAGAAACUGGGAAAAAUUGAUAAGACUGCAAUCUGUCAAUCCAACGCAAAUGUACUAUUUAGCAGCAAAGCACAGUAUUGGAAAAUUAGGGAGGACGGUGGUUAUCAGCUCUCCAUUGCAGAUAAGAAACGAGACAUGUUUCGCGUUAAGUGUUUUGUACCAACCAUCCAUCCUUCAACAACUCAAUCUGGAACCCAUGGGAGAAAUCACAAACCCGUUUGAAACCACCAUGAGGAUUGCAGUGCUAGAAGCACACGAAGAGUACAAUGUGCCUUUGUAUAUAGCAUAUCACUGCAAGCUUUUUAUCCAACCGGCUUAUGCAGAAGGCCACUACGCUUCCGACUCGGCAAUAUGGUGGAAAGACCUAGCCACCGAGCUGGAAACGGCGUACGACCUGCACUGCAAACCGAAAUCGGACUCUAACGUGGAGAUAUUUUCCCUGAGAGUGAUGCUGAAAAGGAAUUUGAACGUAAACAACACACAGGCGCAUACCAUUCCAAAUUACGUAGUCCACCUCCUUCCACCCCUGAUAAUCCACAACUUCCUACCCUACAGCGUGGAAGUAUUGAACGUCAGUCUCAAACAAGUCAUUAAAGUGGAACCUGGGGAACAGAAUAGCGUUUACUCGCUAGAUUUCUCGAAGGAUCAGAAACUUCUGAUAAGGGUGAAGCACAAUUCGGUAACGUGGUCUGGAAAUUUAAAUUUAACCAAACACCUGGACGAGAAAAUCGUUAUAUUGAACUCUGAGAACAAGGAAGACACCAAGAAUAUGCCUAUAAAUGUUAAGAGCGACAGAGAGGGCAGCUGUAAUCUGUUCUUCUACACCCCGUACUGGAUUGUCAAUAAAACUGGAUUACCAUUACAAAUAAAGGCACCUGCUUCAAAUUUACUCUACGACAGCGUCAAUGAAGACAUCCUACUCUUUACCUACAAGAGGCACGGCAAACAGACCCUCAACAUUCGAGUUUAUGAGUCGAACUGGUCCAAUGAUUUCGGUUUGGAAUGUGCUGGUACGACAGGUCUGGUAGUUUGCAAGGACAACGAGAGGAAAAAGAAAUAUUUAUUUUUCUUACAUACUCAGCUGUCCAACAUGUGUCCCAGGCUUACUAAAAUCGUUACGCUUCUACCUAGUUUCUUGGUAACCAACAACACUGACAAGCCUUUAAGGUUUAUGGAGCACAACGAAAAGACAGACCUGUGGGUAGACAUCGCGCCUUACCAAACCAUGAUAUUUUGGCCCGAAACGUCAUCCAUGCAAAUGUACGUGAAGUACCGAGACAGCAAGCUAAUCUCACAAGCAUUUUUCAUAUCGAACCACCAUAGGACCGUUCUAAGAAUGGAUAAAGGGGGAGCAAUCACUGUAGAAGUUACGGGGGGAAUCAAGGAAUCGUUUAGAAUCUCUUUCAACGAGUAUAGACCCGGCGACACGCCGGUACUGGUGAAGAAUUAUUGUGCCGAUCUGUUUUUGAAAAUCCAGCAACAAGAUCUAAGUCCGGUGACGUUGCUCAGUCCGUACAAUUCGUUGUUGUAUACUUGGGACGAUCCGUCUAGGCCAAGGCAACUAGUAUGGAACGUUUACAACAAUAAGGGCUCUGGCUUCUCUGUUGAUAUCACUAAAGACGGAUAUGGCGAGAAAAAGAUACGAAUCCACAGUGUAACUCCGACAACGAGCAUUGUGGAAUCCUCCAGCAGCGACGACUCUGACAGUUCCGACAGCCUCCAGCCGAAUUUGAACAAAAAGGUCCACAAAGACAAAAUCGUAAUCUACUGGCUUUGCUACCGAGAUGGCUUGCAGAGAACCCUACUCCUCACGCAAGAGCUUAGGAUUUACAAUAACGUUCUGAAAAACACUUUCCAGGAGCGCUGCCAUAUCGAAUGCCUUGUGGCCUUAUCCGGCAUAGGGCUGUCUAUAUUCACUUCGGAAAACGAUACCAAAGAACAUGUUUACAUGUCUCUAAGCGACACCCCGGCGAUUUGGGAAGUAAACGUUGGUCAGAAAUGGAAGACGCUCACGUUAGAGCUAGCCUCAUGGAUAGAGGACAAGUAUAGAUUGCACUACAAAAAGUGCCAACUGAAGGAAUACGUUCACAUAGACUUCGAAAAGAUGUUUAUGUUAAAGCCGUUCUUCGCGGAGUUACGGAGGACUUACCAUCCUGCCGUUUACGUCCAUUUCAGAAAGUCCGUGAACCACCAGUAUUACAAUCUAAGGAUACAGUCACUGCAGAUAGACAACAAGCAUACGAAUAACAUAGUGUUCCAUCCUUUACCGUCGCAAAAUAUUAAAGAAGUCACCCCUUUCGCUGAGGUCGUGAUGUCCAAGAUAUGCUCCAAAGACGCCGACAUCUACAGGUAUAUCAAAUUCAGGUUGGGCAAUCUGUAUUUGAACAUAGAAAACGAUUUGUUCGUAAAACUUUGCCAGCUGGUGGCUAGGAAUAAGAAGUUUUGUGAGACUCCGGCCAAUUGUUUUGUCACCGACAUUACGUCCAUACACAAAUCCGUCACGGCAAAAUCAACUGUAAAGUAUUUACCAAGAACUGUGAUAGAAUAUUUAACCUUGACCAGCUUCGGUGUCCAGUUGAAUAUAUCAAACAAAAUUCAAAUGAGUAUAGGUGGUAACAGGUUACAGAUGAGUAAAUUCUUGGAUUAUCUGUUCCCUUUCAACAUGUCCCCAUACAUGCCUUUAGAAGGAGUGCACCAUAAAAUUUCAUCAAUAGAGCACCUAGACCUGAACGAGGAUCUAUUUAACUCCACAUCUAUUUUAUUAGACCAAAUAGCUUCGCAGUUUUUACAGCAAUAUUAUUCACACGUUUUAGGGCUGCAAGUUUUGGUCAAUACCUUUGCUAUUCAGCCAGCGAUUGAGGUGGGGCAGUUUGAGUCUGAAAAAAUGGCGAGCAUCCUCCUGUACGGGUCGAGAUGUCUACUGGGUCACAUCAACAUGUCCCCGGCAGCGGUCGAAGCUUGCGUCGUUGACAUAUUCACGAAUCAAAACAUUGAAAAUAUACAGAGGAUAAGACGCCACGGCUCCUACCACAAAUCCGAAAUAGUUCCAAAGACAAUAACAAUUUCUAGUAGAAACUUCACUACAGGGGUACCGAAUGCCUUAAGCCAACUUAUUGUUAAGAAUCAAAAUGCAGGUAUAAAUUGCGACGGCGAGAUGUUUUUCCGCACAACCGGCAAAGCGCUGUUGUCACUGAUCACGCGACACCCCGACGAAAAGUCGGACAGUGUAGAAGUAGCGAGAGAGGCGUUAAGAAGGGCGUCUAUAUUGGGGGAACCGAUCAAGAUCCAUCAAAGGCUUACGAGAUAUAGUAACAAAUAUCUAGGUCUUAGACCAAUUUCUGUACACGAGUCCAUGGGGCAUCACUUAUUAGAAACCAUAGCGAAUUCGAGAUUUAUUAACGAUACGUAUUGGGCACACGCGGCUAUCGACAAAAUAGGAAAAUCUAUUAUAAUUGUAUCUCUGGAGCAUGUCAUUAGGAUUAACAAAUUCAGACUCUGGGGUCCCUGGGAAGUAGAAUGGGUGGUAGAUUUGGACGAUAUUAUAUCAAUGCCAAAGAUCAAUUGUGUGGAUCUAAUAUUGAACAUGAGACAGAAUGAGGCUUCGGGUCAUGUGCAACAGAUAAAAAUCACCGGUCAGAAGGAGAUGCUCAUCUGGCUUCACGAAAAAAUCGAGCAGGCUAUUAUCCUUAGUAUGGAAGACAAGUCCUGGGCGCUUACAGAUAAUUAAUAUAUAUUUUUGUUCCUUGUAAUUAAUGUAUCAUAUUUGUGCA